AUGAAAUGUGUUCCUAGUAACAAACCUCCUGGAGAAAUAAAACAACUUCAAAUUAAAAAAUUUACACGGGAUGAUUUGCUUUUCCGAAGGUUAGAAAAUGACGUUCACAAAAUAAGCCACCUGUCCAGCAAGGAUCAAAAAUUAUAUGGGGUUUUAACUUCAUUGGUGAACAUAAUGGACAACGAUUACAAACUAUACUGCCUGACACACCAAAAUAAUCUAAUAGGAAUAUUAAAAAUAGGCACGAAAAACCUGUAUCUAUAUGACAAAAAAAAGCUACAUUAUCGAAGUUGCACGUGUGUAUUAGAUUUUUACAUAAUGAAAGAUUUUCAAAAAAGGGGCCUUGGAAUUGAGCUUUUUAAUUGUAUGUUAAGAGACAACACAAUAUCGCCUUCAAACUUAUGCUACGACAAUCCAUCUUACAAGAUGCAAAAUUUUCUCAAAAAAUAUUUCGCCCCAUGCAAUUUAAUUAAGCAGCCCAAUAAUUUUGUUACCUUUGAUAAUUACUUUGUUUGA